AUGACAGCCAUUUUUGAUAGUCUGAGAAAUAGAAAUUUUUCUCAUGAUCAUCUCAGAAUAAUAAAAAGUGUUGACAAAUAUGAUCACAUUUUCAGUGACUGGCUGCGAAUUAUUUUUCAAUGGAUAUUCUAUUCUGUCCUUUGUCAACUGGUGGAUAUAUUCGGAAUUAUAUCUAACAUCAUCAACAUCAUCUGUUUCGUCAAGCAAGGUUUUCAUGAUACGGUCAACAUUAGUUUGUUGG